UUUGAAAAAUUUUCAAACUUAGAAUACUUAUUUUAAAAAGUGUUAUAGAGUGUCCUUUUUUCCUAAUUAAUUGAUAAAGUAUGUUUAACAUGAGUAGUGCACAAAUUAAAAUAUUAUUAAUUCUAGUUAGUGUGCACCCAAUCACUACAAAACGAAGAUUUGUUCCGUGGCAAUAAGGUUUGGUUCUAUUCUAUAUAAAAGACAUUACUAAAUUCUUGACUGCAUAGAAGAAUCUAACCAAACAAGGAGGAAAGGAGAAUUCCACUUGGGGAAUAAAUUCUCCUUUUCCAUGUAUGUGGAUAAAAAGAACAAACCAUUGAAUUUUAUUUCUUCAUGAUAGUGGUCUUCUUAUCGUUAUUUCAACCUGGUAGCUUCAUUUUAAAUUUCCAAGCAAAAGAAAUUUAGAAUGUCUAAGUUGAACGAAAGCCACAUCCAUAGGAUUUUCGACAAGCUUGAUGAAGAUGGUGAUGGAUUGGUGAGUUUAGAUGAGCUCAAAGGCCUUCUUGAUAAGAUAGGAGCUUGCACGGGCCUUGACGAGCUCCAAUCUUUGGUAGGUAAAACGAGCCUUGACUUCAUCGACUUCUUAUUCUUUUACGAGGCUAUGCUAAAGAAAAAUUAUGGAGAAGAGAUAAAAGAGGAUAGCGAUGUUGAUAAUAAAUUGGAAGAUGAUCUUGUUGAAGCAUUCAAGGUGUUUGAUUUGAAUGGAGAUGGUUUUAUUUCUUGUGAGGAGCUUCAAAAAUUGUUGUCAAGAUUAGGAUUGUGGGAUGAGAAAGAAGGAAGUGAUUGCAGAAACAUGAUCCACAUGUAUGAUACUAACCUUGAUGGUGUUCUUGAUUUUGAGGAGUUCAAGAACAUGAUGUUGCUUUCUAAUUCUGAGGGUAUUCCUAAUUUGUAACUAAUUAUUGACUUUCAUUUUUUGAGACUUUCUUGUAAACAUUGUUAUGACGACUUUUAUAUGGUUUAUUAACUUCAUUUCUUGUAAUAUGCUUAGCAUAUUCCAUGGUAAGCAAGAUGUAUAUUUUGGACAAAUGCGAUAUCUCUUCAAAUAAGUAGAAUAUUAAAUACUUCCUAUG